AGGCUACUUUUAAUACAAAGACUUAUACUAGUAGUUUGCAACAAAAAGGUUGUUGAUCUUCAAAUCAUAUUACUUUCUCAUCAUGGCUGAAAUUCUUUACGAGCUUGCUGCUGAGAUCUUGAAAAACUUGGGUUCUCUUGCAGUUCAAGAAGUAGGAUCAAUUUGUGGACUAAGCGAUGAGCUUUGCAAGCUUUCUGGUACAGUUUCUUCAAUCCAAGCUGUACUAAUUGACGCGGAGGAGCAGCAGCAGAGUAGCCAUGAGGUGAGGGAUUGGAUAAGGAAACUUAAAAAAGUUUUCUUUGAGGCUGAUGAUCUCUUGGAUGACUUUGCUACUGAAGUUACGCAUCGAAAAUUGGUGAAUAUGGUAAGCAUCUUCUUCUCAAAGUCAAAUCGUGUGCUUUAUAAUGUUAAGGUAAGUAAGUGUCUCAAGGCCAUUCGAGAAAAUCUAGAUGUAAUUGCAAAAUAUAAGGCCUCCUUAAACCUUGUUGAAAGGAGGCAACCUUUACUUCUUGAGUCUAAUUUGGAUAGAGAGACUUAUUCAUUUGUGCCUGAUGGAGAAGUCAUUGGUAGGAAUGAUGAUAGAACGAAAAUUCUGGAUUUUCUUAUGGAUGCUGAGGUAAAUGAGAAUGUUGCGGUUAUAUCAAUAGUUGGCCUUGGUGGACUAGGGAAGACCACUCUCGCGCAAUUGGUGUAUAAUAGUGAAAUGGUUCAGGAAAAAUUUGAUAAAAGAUUGUGGGUUUGUGUUUCAGACGUUUUUGAAGUGAAAGUGAUUGCAGAAAAAAUAAUCGAAUCUGCAGGAGGGGAGAAGGCUAAUUACCUUCAACUAGAUGCUGUGCAAAACCAGCUUCGAGAAAUGCUUGAUGGGAAGAAAUAUCUACUGGUGCUGGAUGAUGUGUGGAACGAAGAUGCCUUGAAAUGGUCGAGAUUGAAAAAUAUGUUGAUCGGUGGAGCCAAGGGAAGUAAGAUUUUAGUAACUACUCGUUCAGUUGUAGUUGCGGAAGUUUCAGGAAGUGUUCACCAACAUAAAUUGGGGGACCUUUCAAAAGAAGAAGCAUGGGCAUUGUUUGAAAAAAUGGCGUUCGAAUGUGCCAAAGAGAGUGAAAAUUCGAGUUUGGUGGAAAUAGGAAAGGAAAUUGUGAAAAAGUGUGGAGGAGUUCCUCUUGCAAUAAGGUCGGUAGGAAGCCUACUACGCCUAAAAAGAACGGAGGAUGAAUGGAUAUAUUUCAAGAAUCAAGAUUUGUCAAGUAUCACACGAGGAGGCGACAGUGUCAUGGCCAUUUUGAGAUUGAGCUACAAUCACCUUCCUCACCAUCUAAAGAUAUGCUUCGCUUAUUGUUCCCUUUUUCCAAAGGAUUUCCGUAUUGAUAGAGUUGAUUUGAUUGAUAUGUGGAUCGCUCAAGGCUUUAUACAAUCAACUACUAGCAACAGAGACAAUGUGGAGGACGUUGCAAAUUCAUAUUUCAUGUAUUUGUUAAGAAGGUCAUUCUUUCAAGAAACUAAAGAACAUAAAUCGUUUCCGCAUUUUUACAAAAUGCAUGAUCUUAUUCAUGAUGUUGCGAAAGAAGUUUCAGAUAAGGAGUUCUUCAGUAUCACUGAAACAGAAGAUGCAGAGAUUGUAAUUCCUGAACAAACUCUCCAUGCUUCUUGUUUGUUCCAAGUAGAUGGUUCAUUGGAAUUUCCGAAUCUCUCCUACAGGAAGCAUAUGAAGUUGCGGACAUUUAUUUACCUAAAUGGGUCAAACAAUGUUGUCAUAAGCAAUUCAACGUUAGAGAGAAUGGUUUCAAGUUUUGAAUGUUUACGCAUUCUGCAUCUAUGUCACCUGCGAAUAAAAUUUCUGCCUCAAUCUUUAGGUGGACUGAAGCAUCUAACAUAUCUUGCUAUUUUCUCUACAAGAAUUGUUACUUUACCAAAUUCCAUCACGAAGUUGCAUAAUCUACAAGUAUUAAAGUUGGUUAGUUGCUGUAAACUCAAAAAAUUGCCAAGAGAUAUUUGGAGAUUGGUGAGCCUUGGACGUUUGGUAUGUACGUGUUGCCCAUCAUUAACCCAUAUUCCACCAGGACUGUGGCAGUUGGCAAGUGUCACGCAUUUGGAUUUUGAUGGUUGCAGUUCAUUGGAAGAUAUGCCACCUGGAAUUGGCCAAUUGACAUCUCUACGGACAUUGACAAGUUUUAUUGUAGGCAAAGAAAGUCGCAUAUCUGGUUUGGCCUUGCUGAUCUCAGAAAUAGAUUACACAUUAAGUUCAUGGGACGAGCCUGUGCAAUUGGAGAAAGAAUACCUACCGAUGUAGUGAAAAGAAUGAAACAUCUUCAGAAGCUGUUCGUAGAGUUCGAAUUUGGAAAUCAAGAGGAUGAUACUGGAGCUGAUCUGAUAAU